AUGAGUGCCCAAGAUUUCGUCGACGCUUCGGACCACUACGAGAUCUACAACACCGACGACGUGCCCUCGCUGCGCACCAUUAUCAUCGACACCAACCCCCGCGCCUGGGCCGCCCUCGCCGACGUCCUCCCGGUCUCGAAAGCGAUAGCGAACAUACUCAUCUUUGUCAAUACCCACCUUGCAUUCGGUAAUUCGAACCAGGUCGCCCUGAUAGCAUCCCAUACGAAUCGCGCCGUGUGGCUCUACCCAGCCCCGCCGAAGCAGCCGUCGCCAACAUCAGGAGAUGUCGACAUGAAAGAUGCCGGCAGCGGCACGCCCGCAGCCGCUUCUUCGUCAGCCAACAAAUACCCGAAAUUCUCCCAAAUCGAGACCUCCCUCCUCAGCUCCCUCCGCGCCCUCAUGAACGACACCACCGCGACCGACCUCUCCACCACAACAACGCAAAUGUCCGGCGCUCUCACGCUGGCCCUGGCACACAUCAACAAGACGGCCCUCUCCUUCACCACCUCUCCCGCCGCCGCUGGCGCGACAACCACGCACCCCAUGACGGCAACGGGCAUCACCACGACGGGCUCGACGGGCGGCCUCGCCGGCCUGCACGCGCGCAUACUGGUGCUCUCGGUGAGCGACAGCUCCCCCGCGCAGUACAUACCCACCAUGAACGCCGUCUUCGCCGCGGCGCACGCCCGCAUCGCCAUCGACACGCUCUCGCUGCGCGGCAGGCCCACCUUCCUCGAGCAGGCCAGCUUCAUCACCCAGGGGACCUUCAUCCGCGCCGCCGAGCCGCGCGGGCUGCUGCAGUACCUCAUCGUGGCCGAGCUCCUCGUCACGCCGAGCGCCGACGCCGUCGACUUCCGGGCCGCGUGCUUCUGUCACAGAAACGUCAUUGACACGGGCUUCGUGUGCAGCAUCUGUCUGAGCAUCUUCUGCGAGGUGCCCGAGGGCGCCGAGUGUCUCACGUGCGGCACCAAGCUGGCGCUCGGGAACUACGGCAAGAUGCCCGCCCUUGCUGCUGGAGCGGGAGCGGGGGCAAGAGGAGGGGCCUCACCAAACGCAACGAGGAAAGAGAAGCGGAAAGCCGAAGUGAAUGGUGGGGCCUGA